CUCUCUCUCUCUCUCUCGUCAAGGGUUUUAUAAGUGUGUGUUGUAUAAGGAAGGAUAUUCUGUCUCCAGAGUUAAGCUUCAACUCUCAAGUCUCAACGAUCUAUUACUGUGAUUCUGCACUUUCCUCCUUGUUGUUCUCUUUCUCAGACCUGCUGAAAAAACCUCUGCAAGUUUUCAUACCUGGCCACUUCUGUAGGUUUUGGGCUUUGAACAUUUUAUCGGUUUUGUUUGACCAGGGAGUAUAACAGAAGACUUCAUUGGUUCUGCAACCGGUUGGGUUCAGAGAUUGAAAUCUUCUGCAAGUGGGGUUUUUAAUAUUGUAGUUUAUACUCGAAAACCAAGAUAGAAAUGUUUGAGUUCAAGACGGUAAAGAAGAAAAUGUGGAUGUUCUCUAUUUGACUGCUGCAGAGUAGAUUGCUCUCUUUUAUUUUUAUUUUUUUUGCGUAAUGGAAGGUAUGAAAAGAAGCAGAACAAAGGGACUGCGUGGAGGAUUAGAAGAUAAACUGCGUCGACGAAGGUUGUUCUUUUGGAACGCUCCGACGAAUCGCCCGCCUGGUUUUGGAACAUCAUUUCAGCUUAUUCAGUUCUGGUUCUUGGAUUCAUAGAGUGGAGCUAAUUAGAAAAUGGGUUCGUUUUCUUGGAAUUCAAAUGCUGUUUAUAAGACUGAAUUUCCGAAAUUAUUUGAUGGGUUCUCGCCAAAUGCUGGGUUUCGGAUGAUGGGUCGAAGUGGGUCAGCUUCGUCCUCAUCAUUGGUUCUGGAUAGUGAGAGGGGAGAACUCGUGAAGGCUCCGGAAAAAUUGGGGCAGAAGGCCAUAUCGGAAGAAAAAGCCAUUGCUGCUUUGAAGAGCCACAGUGAGGCCGAGAGAAGGCGGAGGGAGAGGAUCAAUGCUCAUCUCUCUACGCUCCGGAAGCUUGUACCCUGCACAGGCAAGAUGGACAAAGCUUCAUUGCUUGCUGAAGUGAUCAGUCAUGUGAAGGAGCUGAAAAAGAAUGCUACAGAAGCUAGCAAGGGCUCUGUCAUUCCGAUGGAUGUUGAUGAGGUAAGAGUUGAACCUCAUGGGGAUGGUUGUGAUGGUAGGUCUUUUUUAAUCACUGCAUCUUUAUGUUGUGAUUAUCGGCCUGAGCUACUGGCUGAUAUAAGACAAGUACUCGAUACUUUCCAUCUGAAAACAAUAAGAGCUGAGAUCUCAACCUUGGGAAGCAGAGUUAAAAACGUCUUUGUAAUGACUAGCCAUGAAGAAGGGAUUACUGACAAUGCCACUGAGGUAUGCCACCUUGUGAGUUCCAUUGAGCAGGCGCUGAAGUCUGUCAUUCAAAAGAAUACCUCACCAGAAUUUUCACCAGGAAUAAUACUACCGAACAAACGGAGAAGGGUUUCACCUUUUGAAUCUUUGAGCUCAUCUUCAUGAGUGCAGAACUCCUUGUGGGAAUGGUGACAAUAUGCAUAUUCAAUAUGGUAUGUUUCAUGUUUGAUGUGUGUUGGAAUGCAUGGAUGUGGAAAAGAGGCCUUUAUACUCUGUAUUCUCUGCUAUUUAAACCCAGGGAGUUUAAGCAAAGACUAGAGGGCCUCUGUAUAUAACUAAAUAAAGUUAUAAAUAUAUGCUUGUUUUUAUGUGUUUAUUCAGUCUUAAUAGAGAUGUACUGCUAUGAAUUGUGAAAAGAAGGAAAGAAGAACUAUGUUUUCUAUUUUUUUUACCGAAGAACCAUGUUUUCUUAAGAACUAGUGACAUGAACCUGGACGACCCAAAUGGGUUUAACGAGUGGUGGGAUUGGAAUAAGAAGGUGAAGCACGUAACCAUUUUACUCUUUUGAUUUGUCAAACGAAAAAGUGAUGGAGCUGCUGAUGACAAAAGAGAACUUGGUAUGAUGUCACCUCAAUAUGAUCAAAAGAGUAUCUUUGGUCACGUUGAAAAGGGGUUCCAUCUUACAUCCAUGCACCAAAUAGCACAAUACAUCUAUUCAAUCUUUUGGCUGCUUAAUAUCGCACAGAGGCUAUUGCAAAGCAAAAGGUGAUGUGAGAGAGAAGAGUUCUGCAAUGAUUCAUGAAAGAUUGAUUUGCCAUUUCGAAAGCAAUUGCUCUGAUAUGCAGUUAGUUUUUUCUCUGUGGUGCAGGGCAGGGGUAUGGAUCUAUGAGUUGCUUGAUGCACGUGCACCCUUUUGACCUUAUCCCGUAUAGUGGGUGUAUUGUACAGAGAUAUUCUCUUUUAGUUUCCCUUUAGUUUCCUUGCAGAAAGUACAGAUGGUCUUCUAGGAGCUGUGGUCUCAGUAUGGGCUGAAAGCUUGUAACUAUGGUGUUGUUUUCUAUUGUUUGGUAUCAUUGUCACUUCUACCAUUAACAUUUGGAUUUGGUCAAUACAAAAUUGUGAGAAGAUAUUCUUUUUUA